AUGGCUUUGAUACUACCAACAUUUUCAUCUUCAAGGCUUUUAAGGAGCCUACUCUGUGUUAGUGUAGUCGCUUUACCUGCUUGCUGGUUCUUGUUUGCGAAUAAUAAAGUUACAGUGAAUGUGACAAAGGGUGAAUCAAGUAUUGAGUUAAUAGCAGAAAACCCUGCGGUCUGCGAAGAAAUGAAGAUUAGCCGAUCGGAUUUUCCUAGUGACUUUGUGUUUGGAGUUGGUUCUUCUGCUCCCCAGACUGAAGGAUCAGCCAAAGAAGGAGGGAAAGGACCAACCGUUUGGGAUUACCAUGCUAAAAGAUUUUCAGAUAGAGUGGUAGAUAGUAGCAAGUUCCCUAUAGCAAUCGAUUCAUAUAAGCGAUAUAAGGAGGAUGUGAAACUUGUGAAGGAUCUUGGAGUUGACUCUUACAGAUUUUCCAUCUCCUGGAGCAGGAUUUUUCCAAAUGGAUCCAAACGUGGUGGAAUAAAUCAAGAGGGUGUUGAUCACUAUAACCGUCUGAUAGACGAAGUGAUCAGAAAUGGCCUCAAGCCUUUUGUAACGCUUCUGCACUUCGACUUGCCACUAGCUCUGCAAGACAAGUAUGGUGGCUACUUAAACAUCUCUUUUGUGCAUGAUUUCAAGGACUAUAGUGAGCUAUGUUUUAGAACAUUUGGAGACAGGGUUAAGAAUUGGGUUACCAUAAAUGAGCCUGCAGUUUCUGCACUAUUUGGGCAUGAAAUUGGGUUAGCACCACCAGGGAGGUGCUCACUACCAAACCUGUUAUGCCCAUUAGGUGGUAAUUCAUCAACAGAACCUUACAUUGUAGCUCAUAACCUUAUUAUUGCUCAUGCUGAGGUGGUUAGGCUCUAUAGGAAUAAAUUUCAGAAAAAGCAAGGUGGGGAGAUUGGAAUUUCUCUAAAUACAAAAUACUAUGAGCCAAUUUCAGAAUCAUUGGCAGAUAAAGCUGCAGCAGAGAGACUUAUGGACUUCCAGUUGGGAUGGUUUGUGGAACCAUUUGUCUAUGGAGAUUAUCCGAAAAGUAUGAGAGAUAUGGUGAAAGAGAGGCUACCUAUUUUCUCGAAAAAACAGAAAAUGAUGCUCAAAGGAAGUUGUGAUUUUUUUGGAUUAAAUUAUUAUACUUCAGCUUAUGCUCAAAAUAUGCUAUCUUCUCAUUCUCAAGUGUUGUACCAUGGUGUAGAUUCUUUAGCAAAGGAAGUAGGGAAAGAUGGAAGGCAUCUUGAUCCCUUGGACAUGCCAAUCUAUCCAGAACAGCUACAGAAACUUCUGGAGUUUGUGAAGCAAAAUUAUCAAAGUCCAAAAAUCUACAUCACUGAAAAUGGAGCUAGUGAGGCAAGAGAUGAUAAACGUGGACUUGGUGAAGCACUAAAAGAUCCACAUAGAAUAAGCUUUGUUCUUCGACACUUGCAUUUUGUCCACAAAGCCAUUAAGAAUGGCGUGAACAUCAAAGGGUACUUCUAUUGGGCCGCAUUCGACGACUUCGAAUGGGGUUUGGGCUUCAGAUUGAGAUUUGGAUUCUACUACAUUGAUUUCAAUGACAAGCUCAAGCGCAUUCCUAAACUUUCUGCCAAGUGGUUCAAAAGUUUCCUCAAAGCUUACAAUACCACCUCAUAA